AAAGGAGAAAAUGUGUAAAUAUGAAGAAGAUGAUGAAUAGUGUAGCCUCCAUUGUUUCCUCCACCUCCCCUUCCUCUUCUGAGAAGAGGGGUAUAAAUAGGGAGAGUUAGGGUUAGGGUUUGAGCAUACAUACAAACUAAUGGGCCGGCCCAACAGACUGGGCCGCCCCUAAAAAGUAAUUAAUACACGGCAAACGGGCUUGUCCAACAGACUGGAUCACCCCGACUAAUUUUAUACAAAGACCGGAUACCCCCUGUCCAGGGUAUCCAUCAUGAGUCCCCCACUUUCCGAGCCGAGAGGAACUCGAGAGGAAAAGGAGAAAAUGUGUAAAUAUGAAGAAGAUGAUGAAUAGUGUAGCCUCCAUUGUUUCCUCCACCUCCCCUUCCUCUUCUGAGAAGAGGGGUAUAAAUAGGGAGAGUUAGGGUUAGGGUUUGAGCAUACAUACAAACUAAUGGGCCGGCCCAACAGACUGGGCCGCCCCUAAAAAGUAAUUAAUACACGGCAAACGGGCUUGUCCAACAGACUGGAUCACCCCGACUAAUUUUAUACAAAGACCGGAUACCCCCUGUCCAGGGUAUCCAUCAUGAGUCCCCCACUUUCCGAGCCGAGAGGAACUCGAGGUGAAGUGGAAGUAAACAAUAAUCCACCACUGAAGGGCACCGUCUUCCUUGUUGUCUAGAGUGCACCGCCAACUCGCUGUCCCGAGAACGGUGAAGUAAGGCAAGCAAUGCCAUCAAUCGGAGAAUGUGAUGCCAACUCGCUGUCCGGAGUAAAGCGAGGUGAAAGAAUCUGCACCCAUGGAUAUGAGGUGCAUUGCCGACUCGUUGUCCGGAGUGGCCAAGUAAAGAAAUCGUAGCACUGAGCACGAUGUGCGCUGCCGACUCGCUGUCCGGAGCGGCACGGUAAAAGAGUAUGCCCCAAUCUGCUCAUUGUCUUGAAAGGUUCUGCUCUCGUACAAAGGGCAUCGUCGGUUUGCUGUUCAGAGUGCAUGAAUAAGUCGUCAUCCUCUCACAAUCCCGUCAAUGUGUGACCCACUCCACGAGGGAUGCCUCAUUAAAAACUUGCCGAGGAAAAAACCCAUGAGGAUGGGAAAAAAUCCUCGGUCAAGAAAAGAGUACAUCUCGUCCCAUAGAGUACAUCAAGAAAACAUUGCUAGGGUGUGAGGUCUUCUGUGUGAAUCUCAGAAGAGGUGAUCUUCAAGUCCCCCGGACUCGUUGUCUGGAGUCGAGGGCUAUUCAUCAUAGUGUAUUGCCGACGAGUGCAUGUUGACACGGACUGCUGCGGUCUAAUACAAGGUCGGGAUGCCGAUCGCCAACCUCUCCUAAUGUGAGACGUAACAAUCACGAGCCGAGCACCCGGAGUCCCCCACUCCCUAAGCCGAAGAAGAACUCUGAGGUGAAGGGGAGUAGUGUCCAUGCUUGGCUCCGGUGGGAGUCUCUGGCCCAUUCACGAGAUGGCCGAGGCCGAGGCCGAGCUUGAGUGCCUCACGAGGUGGCUGAGACCGAGCUUGGGUGCCUGAGGCCGAGCUUGAGUGCCUGAGGCUGAGCUUGAGUGCCUCACAAGGUGGUCGAGGCUGAUCUCGAGUGCUCCACGAGGUGGUCGAGGCCGAGCUCGAGUUCCUCACGCGGAGGCUGAGGCCGAGCUCGAGUGCUUCACGCAGUGGCUGAGGCCGAGCCUGGCCUACUCAACUUCUAACCUGCGAAAUAACUUCAAAAAAGAACACAAGGCACCCGCGGGCUCGGAUGGACCGAUCACCACGCGGCCGAGAAGAGUAAGUCAACGUAUGAGUUGGGUCCAAAGUUUUGGGCAAAAGAUAGGCCUGAUCAACGGAGUGCGCCGAUCGUGUAGUAGUCUGGUCCAGAACAAACCUUGACGUCAUCCUAGUGAGAUCGGGUUCUUGAAAUGGGAGCUGCUCGGGUAAGUGAGAUAGGCACAAAUAAUGCACCCCUCGCCUUAGAUCCGAGAGCCAAAAGUUCACGUCGUGGAAGACGGAUAUAUAGGAGUGCGUCGAGAUGGACGGCUUAUCUCGGCCUCGCGAAUAAUAUCGUCGCGGACGAUUUGGAGUGCCUCGCGGAGAGGGCUUACCUCAGCCUCGUGGAAGAGGAAAUAAGAUCGCGUCGUGGGAGACGGAUGGGAGUGCGUCGCGGUGGACGUCUUACCUCGGCCUCGUGGAAGAGGAAAUGAGAUCGCGUCGUGGAAGACGGAUAUAUAGGAGUGCGUCGAGAUGGACGGCUUACCUCGGCCUCGCGAUAAUAUCGUCGCGGACGAUCUUCAACACCUCGUAGAGAGGUUUUACCCGGCCUCGCUAAGGAAUGACUAAAUGAGUUGGAUCUGAGCCAUGCCCAGAGGCAGGUCGCUGGCCUGUGUGGGGUGUGAGAUUAAGCUUUGCGCUUGUUCCACAUCAGGGCUUAAAGUGUUGAGCACAAAGUGUAAUACCAUCGUCCAAGUGAGGUCCGAUCACAUGUGGUGGACAAGGUAAUAGU